UGUUGCCCAGUUGCAGCGCAAGCUCCAAGGGAAUCUGCGAAGGAAAUAAGAGAGACACUGUAUGAAUAUUACGUUCUGCUGCGCCGGAAAAUUUAGGUCGAUGGAUUCAACCUUCAGCUUAUUGUGAUAGCAAGGUGCGAGAACUCAACGAAAUGGUCAUAAAUGAAACAGAGACAACACUUACGGCGAAAGUUCUGUCCACGGAGGCGGGAGUACUCGCUGCAGCAGCUUCAUCAGCGCUAGUAGUAACGGUUCCCUCAUCUUCAUCUGUGCUAUGCAACCGGCAACCGGCGACAGCGUCCAAACGGACGCCGCCGAGUGAAACGAGAACGAGCGUCUGGUUUUCGUACUUUCGGGAGGUCGCUCGGGCGUUGGACGGACAACCGACCGAUAAGAGUGCGUCGAAAGCGAGAGAGAAGUGAGGAAGGAUGGCCUGGAAUGCCUGGAGGAAGUGGAACAUAACACGGUGUGAACGUUAGAAAAAAAAGAUAGCUAAGCAAACGAUGCUUCACCGGCAAUUGAAGAUAACUUUUUUUCCACCAAACUCUACUUCAGUAGUUCAGCCGCUGGACUUGGGCAUAAUCAAGAACCUGGAACAGUACUAUCGCCAUGAAUUAGUAAAACGAAGACUGCUAGAAAUGGAGGAUACAACGGUAUUUUUUUCCUUUUUACAUUCAAGUUA